AUGAAGAUUUUGACAUAUUUUGGAGCUAUUUCUUUCGCCUGCGAAGAUCAAGAAUGCGGAAAAAAUGCCAUCUGCAGCGAAUACUUUCAAGCGAAAUUGCGGCCACUAAAAGCGUGCUCUUGUAAGUCGUCUGAGAAUCCUGGAGACUUGGAAUUUUUCAGCGCGAAGGAAAUUACCAGACCAGAAUCAAAUCUCAACUGCUCCCCAGUCCCCUUCCCUGCCCAAGGAAAAACUUGGCUCCCGACAAAUGUCCACGAACGAAUGACCGGCCAAUUCAUUGCGCAUUUCGUCCCAAACAGGUUUAGUAAUCGAGCUCGUUUAACUGAUUUAGUGAGCUUCAAACUCGCCCAGGGCAUCAAAAUGGCUCUUGUCAAAGCUGCCCAGGAUCAGAAAAGAAUGAAGGGGUGUUUGAAUGAUGAGUUGGAAGAGGACGAGCUACUGAGAGUCGCGCAGACUUGUGAGGAAGCCAUGGAAAUUGAUGCUAAAGGGAUGGUGGUGCACACUGAAAUAAAUCAAAGAGGGAUUCUGAUCAGAUCUCUUGGCGCGAAAUCAUGGAAGACAGGAGUUUCAGUAACGACUUCUUGCUACAGUUCGACCAUCAAAACUUUGUUCAAAUUAGACAAGCCGCAGUGCAAGCGAUUAUCUAACCAGUUCUGGCGAAGUAUCAAGAAGCUCCAGAGGGCAAUGUUCGCGCUGUGUUCAAAAGAUAGAUGUGAAAAUUGA